GCAGCCGACACGGUAGGACAGUGUUGCGUCGCGUCUCCCUACCCCAGAUCUACCAUCACUGCCCCGCUACCUCCCACAUCCACCUUAAACCACACCACGAUCACCCACGACGUCUCACAACGUACGUCGUACUCCACUACGAUAAUCACCAGCGACUCAUCCGGACACGACGAUGGACGAGCUCCAAGUCUCUGCACCGAUGUCUGCGGAGAGUCGCAAGCGCACUCAUUCUCCCUCUCCCAGCGACCAUGGCGACAAGAUCACAGCAGAAAACGCCACGCACAGCGGCAGCGACGACAACGACAAGAUGAUCGAUGUCGGCGACACCACUCUGACCGCGCCGUCGCCCAAGCGCGCCAGACUUGCGAUCGUUGAGAAGGGUGGAGGGGUGGACGACAGUGGAAAUGUUGACGAGAAGGAGUGGAAGAACGAAGAUGAUCAAGGAGAUGAUUUAGACGGCUACAAUCCCAAGGGUCGCAGAGGAGCUACGAAGAAGAAGAAUCAGGCUGGAAAGAAACGUGUCACUUCCAAGAAGACUCCGGCGAGGGUCAAGACUCAUACCGCCACUCCGGACGAAGUGUUUGCCGCUCUACUCGCGGAGGAAGACUCUCCCGUUCGUCGUUCAGGUCGCGUUCGUGCUCGUACUCCUUCCAAGAGCGUAGCCGCUUGCAACACUUCCGCUGAGGCUACACCUGGCCCCGAGGCUACGGUCGUUUCUAAGACCGGGCCCAAAUCGAAGAAUUCCAAGACCGAACCUAAGGGUAAGGCCCAAGACAAGGCUAAGGCCGAGUCGAAGGCCAAACCUAAGGGUAAGGCGAAGGCCGAGUCGAAGACCCAGAAAAAGGCUACCGCCGAGCCGCAGCCCAAGAAGCUCACCAAGAAAGAGUUGUGGCAGCCGGAAAACUUAGCUACUCGAUUCUCUCCUUUCGCUCUAGGGGAUCUUUCGAGGCUCCUUAAUCCUAAGGUUCUCAACCGCAAGAAUUUGACUGACGAGGAGUACGAUUCGCUCAUCGCGCUUCUUCCGGCUGAAGACAUAAUCUACCCGGCGAAUUCCGAUGUCACCGUUCCUGAUGGCAAGCCCAUCAUCAAUCCGGUCGUGUUCGACGACUCUUUUUUCAUGGAGGGCGUGUGCAAUUACCAGGAAGACCUUUGUCAAGGCAAGUACGAGCCGGAGUAUCUCGCCAAGGCUGCCGAUGCUAGAAAAAGGAGGUUGGCUGGUGAAUUUGAUUCCUGGAAGGAGGAGAACUUUGAGGUGUUCUGGGGAGAGAAACAGAAACUAUACACGGAAGCCAUUGCUGGAGAGAGCAGCAAAAUCAAGCUCGCGGAGAUGAUCAAGACCUCUGUCUUCAAGAUCGGCGACGUGUUCAGUAUGCGCAGACACUUUACGGGAGGUCUGGUCAUUCGAAAAGACGCCAUCUUGGAGGCUAUGGGCAAAGAAGAAGGCACGCUCAACUUCAGCUACCCCCCUGGUACUGCUGAAUGGCAUACGGAUGAUGUACCUGACAAGAUCAUCAAGAAUGUCAUGAGCCUCCAGGCUCUUGAGACCUUGCUCUGCAAGGAGAAUGGUACGGGCCCGGAGAGACUCCCAAACGGCAAUGCCUGGAAGACGAUCCGAAUCGUUCGCAAGGGAGAAGACAUCGGCUGCAUAUUUGACCAGCGGGUCAAAUAUUACAACGAUUACUACAAUGGUGUGUAAGAAACUUGAAGCGAUCGACACGGACACAGUGGCGUUUGGCGUUUCCUGCUUGCACUCUUCUUUUUCUCUUCAUGUUUCUCUUCAUGAGUUCUCUUGAUAAUUCUGCCUACUCUUACCUUUGCUUUUUAGCAAGUUUCUCUUCCCCUGCAAGCUGUACGGCUAUGCUCGAUUGAAUGCGAAUACUACAUACCGAUUGCUUCAUUUCUUCGUCUUUCUUUCUGCACAUCUUCUCAAUCACAUCUCUUCAUGUAUCUCAUUUUGCGCCCAAGUUCAAGUGUAAAUUUGAUACUAGACCCAGCAUGCAUAGGUACUUGUUUGUAAUCUCCGUUUCUACGGGUUUGUUCCCUCCAGACGACUGUACUUGGGACUGGGUGCGAGGGUGGGGAUGCGGCGAUGAGGAUGAGAUAGGAUUAAAACAUCAAUUACUAUUGAGCCAAUGCCUAAUUAGGGGCUCGACCCAG